CCCCCUUGCUUUUCCGAAGAAUCUGCACAGGCUGCGCUGGGCCCAGGGGCACCACUGGAACCGCCUGGCGGGGCAUUGACCUCCCUCCGGAACGGAGGCCGGAGCUCUUCCGCGCGCUCGUUGGAUCUCCGCGGGGACUGCCCGCAGGUGCAGGGUCGAAAGAGCCGUUUGACGGAGCAGGAAGGGCCAACAUGAAGAAACUGUUGUUCCCGUUGAAUUGUUUGCUUUCCUUUUAAUCGGAAGAUGACCGGCAUGAGUGAAUUUUAUUCUUCUCGGCAGGAGGAUCUGAACUGGCUGAUCGACCUAUUGAAAAAAUGGAUGUACCCAAAUAAUGACCUGGGCAGUUUAGCAGACUAUACAAUCUACGCCUUGUGGGUGCUAACGCCAUUCAUACUCCUGUUUUCACCUGUUUUAGUCGUUCUUGGCUUUAUUUACCUUUCUAAUGUUCUCCUGCAUAUUUACAAGAUAAAGAAUAAUUUAAAGGGAGCUUAUCAGAGCAAAUCAUGGUACAAUGGAAGGAGGGCAGUGUCUUAUCUUUGGGACGUGUAUGGCAGAGUGUGGCAUGGUUACGAGGUGCAAGGCAUCGAUAAAGUACCAGAAGGACCAGGGCUUGUUGUAUGUUACCAUGGAGCUCUUCCUCUAGACUAUUACUACUUUGUAUCAAGACUUCAUUUACAGACAGGCAGAUUCUGCCACACAGUGGUUGAUUACCAUUUUUCCAAAAUACCAGGUAUAAAGCUGUUUUAUAAAGUGCAAGGACUUACACAUGACGGAAGAGUGGAAUGUGCUGAAAUUUUGAAAAAGGGAUGCUUGUUAGGAGUCUUACCAGGUGGAGUCCGAGAAGCGAUCUUUAGUGAUGAGAACUAUGGUCUCUUAUGGGGUAACCGCACAGGCUUUGCUCACGUGGCCAGAGAUGCAAAAGUGCCUGUCAUCCCUAUAUUUACAAAAAAUCUACGGGAAGGAUACAGAAUUCUUGGAAAACUAUGGCCAUUCAACUGGCUGUAUGAACGUACCCGAUGGCCAAUUUUUCCUGUAUAUGGAGGGCUCCCAGUAAAACUUUGCACAUAUGUAGGUGAUCCCAUUCCUUAUGAUCCAAAUAUAACAGUUGAAGAACUAGCUGAAAAGAUAAAGACUGCAGUAAAAGAACUCAUAGAUAAACACCAGAAAAUACCAGGUAGCAUACAACGAGCUCUAUUGGAGCGGUUUCAUAAACACCCAAAGGAUGGGUAACCGUUUUUGAAAAGUUAGGCAAGUUUCUUCCUAAAGUGUUUACAUUGCAGUGGUUUUAUUUGUUUUUUAAAAAAUCAUUCAAGAGAUUACAAAUUCAAUGUACCUGUGUCAAAUAUGCAGGUGGAGUACAGUUCAUUUCUGAAUAGGUGUGUGGGAGUACGUCUGUCUUGCUGGCAAGUAGAAGGAGGACCUGAAAGGAGGAUUUGGACUUUUUCAAGCAGACCAUGUCUAGAGAUCACCAGCUUUUUUCAUGUAUCCACAACAUUUUAUGAGCUUUGGUGAACUUAUUACCAUGAAACAAAAUUUGCUUGAACUCCUUAUUCAAAACCGAUUCCAGGGUAAGUGGACUCAAUCAUGUUCAUCCUUUAAAAAACCCAAACUGAUACGGAGUGAUAAUCCAAUUUAUUAGGAAGCACUUAUAAUGAGCCUCCUAAUCACCCAUUUUCUAAAGUAGGGAUACAAAUGGAACAAUUAUGCUGUUCUGUAUUAAUUAGAACUGCUCUGUACUCCUUACUCUUGCAUUAUGUAAAUAAGAUUAUUUUGUUUCUAUCAGCUUCCCUCCUUUAAUGAAGAAACAUGGCUAGUGCAUGGUAUUGUAAAGAUGGUACCUUUCAUUCCUAGGCAAAGUUCUUGAGAGUGGUUGCUGGCCAUCUCCAGGCACUCACUCAUGAAACUCAUUUUCUAGAUCCAUUUCAGAUGGAGCGUAGGCCUGUGUUGGCCCUGAAACUGCCUUGAUCACCCUGUGAGAUGUAAUUUGAUGGGUGAGAGAUGGCAUGUGUGUGCUGUUGAUUCUUCUGCACUUCCCUGAUGCGCCUAGUACCAUUGACCACAGUAUCCUGGAAAGGUUGUCCACAUUAGAGAUGGCCAGCAUUGAUCCCUGCUAGCUGUACUUCUUAUACCUGGAUGGCCACUUCUAGAAGGUGGCACUGAGGGUGCUCUACUCAGUACUAUGGUAUUUAUGCUUCAGGUUUUAUCCAACGUGCUGUUUAAUAUCUACAUGAAUUCACUAUGUGAUUUAGAGGGUGUUGUUGUCAGCAUGCAUACUGCAAACCAGGCUUUCUGAAAUCAUCUGGAUUAGGCACUUGAGAUGAUUAGUCAAAAUCUGGCUGUGGUAAUGGACCUGAUGAGAGCCAGUAAACUGAAGCUCAAUCCAGACAAUACAGUGGUAUUGUUAAGUGGGUGGUGGUUCAGUCCAGGUGAGUGUUGUUCAACUGGUUACAGAGGACGUUGCACUCCACCAAAAGGACCAGGUUCAUCACUUGGGGAUGCUCAUUUCUUCAUCUUUGUCUCUACUUUAUCACUAGCUGGGACUGGGCAUUAUGAACAUAUUAUACAAGUACUUAAUUAUCUUCACUGGGUCCUAGUGUAUUUCUGUACCUCAUUCAGAGUGCUGGGUUUGACCUUGAAAUCCCUUCACAGCUUUGGGAUCUCAGUACCAAAAUGAUCACCUCUUUCCUCAUGAACCCAACCAAACUCUGAGAUUGUCUAAGACCGUUCUCCAAGUGCACCUGCCUAGAGAGGCACAGCAGGUGCCUGUGAGACAUAAUUUUCUCCGGGUUCUGUGUUGCCCUCCCCCAAAAGGCCUGCCUGGGGUAUACAUUAAUAUAUUUUCAACACCAAGCAAAGCACUUCUUAAUUUCCUAGGCUUUUUAUGUUCUGUUAUGGUUUUAUACAGCUUUUGCUCUGGCAGCUUCAUCCCUUUGCCCUCAGGUUUAAAUUGAUUUACUGCAAAGUUUCUUUUCCUCUGUUUAUUCUUAAGUGAUUGGUGAUUUUGUAAAUGGUUGUAUUUUGUUAAUUUUAUUGUAAUUUUGUUAGUUUUCAUUCCUGUAAUCUGCCCAGAGAACUUUAGUUACUGGGGAACAUACAUAUAUGUAUAAAUGAAUAAAUAAAUUCAGCUGGCAAUAUAA